AUGGGCUGUGGGACAUCAAAAAUGACCGUGGUGGAACCUACAAAACCGGGCAACCUUAACACUACAGCUGAGACUGAUCCUAUGUGCGGAAGUCCUCGCGGGGACUCCGCCAUCUCCAAAAACACAACAGACAGUGGAGUUGGUUUGGACGCAGGAGAGACGGUGGCUCCAUCCAGAACAGUUCCUAGGACCCUCCCACCACUGCGAGCUCAGAGUCCAAGGCUGACUCAGGAGAACCAGAGACCGGAGUCUCGUGUGAUCCUGGAGCAGCUGCUGAGCCAAGGCAUCAUCCCGGCUCAAAGCAGAGUGGCAGCCAGCGGCGAAGCGUACAACAUCAUGCUGGCUGACUCAGAGAGGCCGGUGAGGAGGCCGCCACCCCGCCUGGAGUCACUAAAGAUCCAGAAAGAACAGGAGGUCACCAGAAAGGAAGACAUCGAUGAGAAGAUGAGACAAGUAGAGGAGAGGAGAAAGGUACGGGAGGAAGAGCUGCGAAACAGGCUGAGGGUUAAAUCUGCGCGGCCUCGUCCAGCAGCUUUUGUUGAAGUCAGGGAGGUGAGUGCCACAGAGGUUGAUUCGCCCAUAUCUUCUCACAUCCCAACCGUAGCCAAAGAUCCUGACAUGAACAGCAACGGAGAAGAAGCAACUGACCUGCUCUCCUGUCAAGGCGAAUGACUCGAGCUUUCAACAGGGUCUGCUCGGGUCUCUAUCCGGACCUCUACCCUAACGCUGCUUAAGCACAACUCAUUCCUAUCCAGAGUCUAUUUAGCAUGAUAGAGGCACAGAAAUAUAAAUAUGAGUUCUGCACUUGCACUUUAUAAUAAUCUAGUUAACAAAGGGUCAAGGGU